CAAGAGUUGGAUCAAAUCAAUUUCAAAAGUUUCCAUCCCGAAGGAGGAGACGCCCGGUGAAAAAGAAGGACUGAAAUAUGAGGAGGUUCAAGAGGGUGACCUCGAGCCCAAUGAGGAUGAGGAGGUCCUAACUCCAACUUCUGACAUGAAUCAGUUCCGGAUUCAUAAGGGCCGAAAGAGGAUCCUUUCCAUCAUCCUGCCUGAACGGUCGGAACGUCGCCAGUCCAUGGCGGCGGACCUGCAAAACCGACAGAGCCAGGGCAGCGGCAAAUCUCGCAAGAGUGGGGUCAGUGGCCGUGACAGCAGGGUUAGCCGUCGCUCCGCGAGAGUCUCACGCACGUCUCGCGCGACACGGUUGACCGUGGGAAGCAGCCACACGGCUGGCACACAACGCACGCACAAAACCCUUGGCUCAGGGCAGACCGGGCUUUCCGCACGAACAGGCCGCACAGGGAUGACAGCUGGGACCAUGAGAUCGCAAUUGACAUCCCUUGCAGAGACUGGGGCAAACUUUGAGCACCACUUCAUGGUGAACAGUAGCUUGGGCCCACGCAUCGUGACUCGUGUGGGUGAGUUCGAUCAGAAGAUGGACGAAGUGCCAGAGGAGCCGGAGCCCAUUGAGGACGUUCCGCUACCGGUCCCUCAAGGCAAACUUUCCGCGGAUUUGAGGAUUCCAAUGCUGCUGAUCUCUUUUUGUGUAGUGUGCAACAGUUAUUGCUACUCCAAUGAGUUUGGCUCUUUUGCCAUCCUCUUGAGAGAGUACUAUGGCGUGAGCUCGGCCACUAUGUGCGCUUUGGGGCAAACAGGUGGCGAUUUCUUGGCAGCAAUUGUGAUGCAAGUGGCGGCUUUAAGUGCCUUUGCCGAAGACCCUCACUCUCGACCUGGGGACUCAGGUUCAGAGGUCCCAUGCUUGGAUGCGGUAGCCAGAUGUUGGGCCAGGAUCGCAUUCCCUCCCUACAACCUUUGUUGGGUCCUUCUUAUAUGGAUCGGCCUCAACAUGAUGAUGAUUAGCUCGAUGCUACCCUUGGCGAUCUGUGGGCAAGUGAUGAUGAGCAGCUCUUAUUGCUUAGCCUCUAAAUGGGCUGCUGAGCUCUGUCAUUUUUACUCCAUGGACGACGAUCUCCUGUUUAUGAACAUGCAGAUCCGCAUUGGCCAAGCUCAAUCCUUGGCAGCGGCAUUAUCCAGCUUCUUAGCUACUUUGCUUUUUGAGCAAGUUCACCCCACUACGUCCUACAUCGUCAGCGGAUCGCUAGCUGGCGUCGUACUCCUGAUCUACACUGCGGGCUUUUGUGGGCGGGUUGGCUGCCAGCAUGCCCACUUGGCGGAAGAGGAGCGAGAGGCUUAGGCCUCCUCAGCUUCCGAGUCAGACUGGAGCGGGUUGAAUGCGCCAGUGGUCUGCCAAAGACUGGUCGGACAAGACCUGGCACUUAAUAAUGUGAGCCUUUUGCCCAAUGGCAGACGGAGAUUUCGAAAGAACACUCAAGGAAUCUAGGGAGUCGGUGAUUCUCAAGCAAAC